UAGGUCGCGAACAAGGAUCACACGGUUAAGAUACCUCAUUAUUGGCACCCCCAAUCAUGAAUUCGGCUUUCCAUCACAUUUUCUCUCUCCGCGUUUUACUUUCAUUGAAUAAAAAGGGGAGUGCUGGCUGACUUUAGGCUGGUUCGGAACUUAUGUCUUAUGUGUUCCCCUCACUGGAGAGACACGCAUUACGGUACUGCUUCUGGAAUCUUUCCUGCUAGAGAAACGGAAGCCUUUGCGUGUUCAAGCUGUUCCCCGGGCUCAUGGAGUCGGACUUGCUUUUAUAGAUUUUAUUUUGUUUUUCCUAGAGAAAUACUCUUCGCGCGCAGCAUGAAUGAAUGAACGGAUAGGUGGACGGACGGCGCUGAGAACUUGGAGAUAAAAGGGCAUCCGUUCUAUCAUGAUUUCCCAAAUUUCUCUAUUACCCUGAUAUCCAAAGGUCCGUAUCUCUCUAAAGCUCAAGCAAGCAUGACUCAAGGGACAGUCCUCAUCACAGGCGCAAAUGGCACACUCGCGACAGCCCUCGUUGAGAAUCUCCUCACCAGCCAUCCCGAGAACCAUCUUCUUUUAGCCGUCCGGAAUACCUCCGAUUCUGAUGUACACACCAAGAACCUCCGCCGCCUCUCUUCUUGCCACCCCUCUACCUCUGUCCAUAUCGAACCUCUAGAUCUUUCCUCACUUGCCUCCGUGCGAGCAUUCACCACCACUGUCACAUCCCUAAUAUCUUCUGGCACCAUACCCCCACUUGCUGCAAUCGUCUGCAACGCCUUCUCUUGGAGCCUUAACAGCGGGAUACAGUUUACAAAGGAUGGCUACGAGUCCACAUUCCAGGUCUGCCAUCUCGGACAUUUCCUGCUCGUCCUGCGGCUCCUUGCUUCGAUGGAGAGGACCGGUCGAAUAGUCGUGAUCGGCUCGGAAGAGCACUCGGACGAAAGGCCUAGCCUGAUAAGUCCUUAUCGUCCCGGGAUCCCGGAAAAGGUCGGUGAACUUGUCAAGCCUGCUCCUGAAGAUCCAAAAACAACCUUCCAUAGAGGCUUCACGAGGUAUGCUACCGCGAAACUGUGCCAAACAAUGUUCAUGUAUGAUCUUGGAAGGCGGCUUUCUCAGGUAUGAUGCCCCUGUUCCAUAUCUCUCUUGAACGACAUAAAUCUAACAGGAUUCAGGAUCCAAACCUCUCCGGCAUUACAGUAUCAGUACUCGACCCCGGUGGCUUGCCUGCAUCCCGUUGCUUUGUCGAACACCCUACCAUCGUGAAGCUGUUCAUGAACUACGUCUUUGCUCCGGCAGUGUACGUGCUCAGAUACGUUACUACUAGGUUCCGCACUCCUUGGGAUGCAGGUGUCGAUGUCGCGGAUGUCACUGUGGGGGAGCUUGGUAAAGAAAGUGGGUAUUACGUUGGCAAGAAGAGGAUAGAUGGUAGCUGUGCCAGCCGGGACGAGACUUUGCAGGGUGUCCUAUGGAGGAAGAGCAUUGAGUGGACCGGGUUGGAGAAGGGGGAGACGAUCUUAGGGUCGACUUUUGCUUAAGAUUCUUCUUUCUUUCUUUUCUUUUUCUCGUGGAGUUUUUUCUUCUUUUUUUCUUUGUUUCCUUGUUAGAUAAUUGGAGGGUUUCGUUCUUUUGCCUGCCCUGCUUCGCUCUUCUAUUUUCAAACAUCCUAUCUUCGUCCAGAGAGAGCCGGUUUCUUAUCUUAUCUUAGUCCCUGGUGUAUCAACUCUUCAGCUCAAUUUCCUCGUUUGGUUACUAUGGGGUAUUUCUUAU